GAUCUUCAGUCUUUCGGCAUUUUUGGUGAAUUUUCUUUGUAUCUUUGGUCUUUCGGCAUUUUCUUGGGGUCUUCGGCAUUUUGCGCUUUUGGAGAAUCUUGGUUUCUUCGGUCUUUUAGCGUUUUGGUGAAUUUUCUUGGAGUCUUCGGCAUUUUGGUCUUUCGGCGUUUUGGUGAAUUUUCUUGGGAUCUUUGGUCUUCGAUGGUUUUAGGAAAUUUUCUUAGUCUUCGGCGUUUUGAUCUUCAGUCUUUCGGUGAAUUUUCUUGGGAUCUUUGGUCUUCAGCGUUUUUGGUGAAUUUUCUUAGAGUCUUCGGCGUUUUGGUGAAAUCUUGGUUUCUUCGGUCUUUCAGCGUUUUGGUGAAUUUUCUUGGAGUUUUCGGCGUUUUGAAUCUUUGGUCUUCGGCAGUUUUGGGGAAUUUUCUUAGUCUUUGGCAUUUUGGUGAGUCUUUCGGCAUUUUGGUGAAUUUUCUUAGAGUCUUCGGUGUUUUGGUUUUUCAGCAUUUUGGUGAAUUUUCUUGGGAUCUUUGGUCUUCGGCGGUUUUGGAGAAUUUUCUUAGAGUCUUCGGCGUUUUGUCUUUCGGUGAAUCUUCUUGGUAUCUUCGGUCUUCGGCGUUUUUGGUGAAUUUUCUUAGAGUCUUUGGCAUUUUGGGUUUUCGUUGUUUUGGUGAAUUUUAUUGGGUCUUUAGUCUUUCGGCAGUUUACAAGUUUGAACUUGUAGUUUUCGGGUCUUUUGGCGUUUCAGUGGUGAACGUAGUCUUUCUGUGUUUUAUUGGUGAAUUUUCUUGUGAUCUUCGGAUCACAAGAAAGUUUACCAGUAAAACGCUGAAAGUGGUUGUUUGUUGGGUUUAG